CGGCCGUGCCUGGCGCUGGCGGCAGCUGAGGACGCAGCUCGACCAAAGGUCGCCUGCACCGCCCCGGCAGUGCAGCAGCGCCACGGAUCUGCCGCCGUGCCUGGCGAGCCCUCCCGCCGUGCUGAGUUGGUUCCUCCUUUGCCUAACGCUGGGGCAGGAAGUGUGGGGUGAGAGCUGGGGAGCGCGAGCUGCGAGCUGUGCCCUGCCAGGGAGCAGGCUGCCAGCCAGCCCCACGGGAGGCACCACCAUGGCCCGGCGGGAGCGGGAGCGGGAGCGGGAGCAGGAGCAGGGCUCGGCAGAGCAGAGGGUGGCUGUCAUGGCCCGGCCGUUUACCUUCCUGGACACCUCCCAGUCCCAACGGGGGAGCCUAGCCCGCAGCUCCCAUCUCUGGCCGGCCGCCACAGGGAGCAGGGAGCGUUUCCAUCCACUGCAGAAGAUGGACACCAACAGGAGUGUCAGCCGGAGCAGCCAGGGCCUGGGGAGCUGGGGUAGGACUGCAGGCAGGCUCUCCGUUGGUCCUGGCAGUACCCGGAGGAAAGAGCUAAAGGAAAUACUCCUGCAGAGCAAUAGCCCUGGCAACACCAUGCGGUUCACCACUGCUCAGAAGACAUCCAACAGCAGCAGUCUCCUUCCAGUGCCGCAGCAAGAGCAGAAGCCUGAGCAGAGCCCCGAGGUGCUGUCCCUUGCCCUGGAUCCCCUGGAGCAUGAGUGGCUGUUGACGGCAGCCCAGGGUGAUGCAGACAACAUCGUCAGGCUGCUAGACCUUGAUCCCAGCCUGCUGACCAGGAAAGACUUUGUGACGGGCUUUACCGCUCUCCACUGGCUUGCUAAGCAUGGCCACCUUGAGAGCUUCAUCCAGGUCAUCUCCCAUGCCCAGAAGAUGGGCUAUCCCGUCAACGUGAACAUCCCCACAGCCAGCGGCGGGCUCACCCCCUUGCAUCUGGCCACGCUACAGGGACAUGAGCUGCUCAUCAAAGUGCUGGUGGGAGCUUAUGGGGCGGACACCAGCCGCAGGGACCACAACGGGCGGAAGGCUUGGCAGUACCUGAGGGCAGACACCUCCAGGGAGCUGAAGGAGCUGGCAGGGGCCUUGGAGGAGGACUUGGUCCAGGUCCACUCUCACAACAACAACAACAACUGUAAGUCAUCCAGAGAUGCCAGGGCAGGGCGGGACUGUGUGGACUCCGGGGCUGAGAGGAAAGCCCAGCGCCCCUGGGGCCUGUCGACCCUCCGGGACUUUCUCAGACAGACAUUUGCUUUCUUCCAGGAGCGCUGAAGCUCCCCUGGCCCAUUUGCCUGCAAACCCGUGCUGAAUAGCAGCCAGAAAAACCUGCAGGGAGCUGGGAACUUGGCUAGGGCCAGCGCUUAAAAUCCUGGCCAAGUGGGGAUUAACCCCCUACACAGGAGCACCACAGCUACCCUGGGUCUCACAUGGUCUUUGGCGGCUGUGCUGGUGUGAGUGUGUGUGGGGCAACUAUGGCCAUCAGGAGCAAUGCCUAGGGACAGCCCUUCCCAAAAACCACCUGUCCCCGAGAGGAUUUUGCCCCCUGCCCCUGCUGACGGGGACUCCUUGUUGCAGCCCAGCAGAGCCCCACGGUGGGGGCUCACAUGCCGGCCCGGCUGCGGGGAGCUGCUUCUCUGACACCCCACGUGCUUGUUGGGGGGACACUGACCCACUGCAGGAGGUGGUGUCCUGUGCUGGGGGACCGGGGUGGACGUUUGGGCUGCCUCUCCUGGGCUGCCUCUCCUGGGCUGCCAGCAGAUUUUGUGUGUGACUGUAGGUGAAUCAGGCAGCAACUCAGUGACAUGGUUCUCCCACCGGUAAAAACGAGGCUGUCAGCACUGCUUUGGCUCCUGGCAGCACUGUGAGGUUAGACUGGUCAUGGUGCCUCAGGUGCCUGGACAUGGUGCCUCAGGUGCCUGGACAUAGACACUGGCAGAAUAUAAUUAAAUAUUUCACACCCAUAGUCAGAGAUGCUAGAGGCCUGGCACUGGUCUGAUGAUGGAGAAGCAUCUAUGGCUUCAGAAACAACCCCCCGCCAAUCACUUUUUUAUGUAUGCCUCUCUGCUGGCAAAGAGAGUGGGUACAGACAAGAAGACUGUGCCACUGAGCUGGAAAUGCUUUCCAGCUCUCUGUGAGAUCUGCAGAUCUCUGCCACAUGUGCCUCCUCUGAGUUGCUGUUUGUUUAUGACAGAUAAAGCUGUUUCUCGGUGAAGUAAGAGCUGGGGUGCCUGGUUUGCCAGAGGAGGCCAGGCCCAGAGAGGUCUUUCAAAGUGCAAGACGAGUGUCCCUGGCAGCCAUUCCCUGGAGACCCCCAUCCAGGGAAGCCUGAGAUACUCAGCGCCACUGGGGACAGGGACUGGAGCAGAGGAGGCAGGAGGGAUGCCCAGUGGGGUGGCAUGCAGUAGCUCCUGCCGGGAGUGGAGUCCAGGAGGAGCUCUGGAAAGAUGAUUUGUUGCUGAAAACCAUGGAACAGUUAUGAAAGGUUUGAGAUUAUCUUUGUUGCUGCUGAGGUCAUGCUCAGAAAUUAAACUCUUGAGAAACAUUGCUAUAGCAGCAUAAUCCCACUUGUAUGUAUCAGUAACUGCAUUAAAAGGGCAAAGCCUCUGCUCA